AGUAGGUCCUCAGGAUCCUCAAGGACAUGAUGGAGGAGCCAUGCCAUGCUCACCUCUGCCUUCCACCCCAUCACCCCAGUUGUGGGCCAUUGCACCCUGAGUGAAGGGGUCCAAACCAGCUCUACUUUGCAUGAGCUUCACCAGGAUGUAGCACUUGAUUUGAAGUAUCAACAUAGGCAGGAUCCUUGAAAUAAAAGUCAUAAAGGCACUGUGCUGAGUGCUUUGCUUACGUGAUCUCCUUGUGGCUUGGAUGGAGAGAAGUUCUCCACUGACAAGUGAUGGGCCUGCAGCUCUGCCCUACAGUAACACCUAAGAUCUGACUCCAGAAUCCGGGUGUCACCCCAUAUUCCACCACCCUCACCCUCUAGGCAGGAAAACUGAGUUCUGUGCUGACUUGAGAACUUCAGCCAAAAACGAGUAACAACAACAAAGAAAAACCUUGUUGCUUAACAGUUCCUUCCUUUGCUCCAUCAUCAUUUUAUUCAUUCAAUGAUCAUUUAUUAAGUACCUGUUAGAGGCAAAAUUAUACUUUGUUAGGUGCUUUAGAGAUGCCUAGACCCACUAUUUUUUUGGGGGGGUGCAUAAAUAGAUGACCAUCAUGAUCACCUUUAUUUCUAUUAAGGCUAAGAGCCCAGGCCAGCACCCCCACCACCACCCCGUGUGUUCACCUGUCUCUACUUAGUUUCUCCACCUAUGAAAUGAAGGUCACAAUUUCUCCCCUAAAGGUGGCUCAUGAGGAUUAAACAUGACGUUCAGGAAGUUAGCACAGUGCCUUGCACGUCGUAGGUCUUCAAUAAAUAGUAGCUAUUGUUUGUAGAAGUUUUUUAUAUGCACAAAAUAAAUCUUCUUUGGGUCUGUUACAGCAUCCUUUGAAAACGACUUGGAGAGUAUCUUUAAGGGUGAUCUGACUUGAAAUUUAAGCCAUGUGGCACAAGAAAAAUGGAGGGCUUCUGGGGUCCCUCGAAGGUGUCACAUCCCCCAAUAGGAAGAUGGUGGCACUGAGAAAGGAAGGGAAUUGGUGGUAGAGGUGACACCCUGAUGACCCUGCCCAGUACUGUCCAGCUUCCUACAAAGCCAAUGAGGUCCAUCUGCCCCCAGGAAGUCAUCAGAAGCCAUGGCUGAGGAGACAAGUACUGGGGCCUCCCUGGACCUGCUAUUGGAGUGAAAUGGCCUGAACAGAAUUGGGUGGACAGGGCGCUGCCUCAGCAGGCCGGGAUGUGCUGGGCUGUCAGAAAGCGCCCAUAAAUAGGAUGCUCCUUGCGAGGCAGGCCGAGUCUGCAGAAGGCCGUGGCUUCUCUGUGCUUCCCCAGGCUACAGCAACAGGUUCAUUCUGGGACAGCCAGAGGUGUCUGGGAAGAUGGCAGAACAACAUGGAGCACCGGAACAGGCAGCAGCUGGCAAGAGUCAUGGAGGCCUUGGGGGCACCUACAAGGUGGUCGUGUAUGAACUAGAAAACUUCCAAGGCAAGCGAUGCGAGCUCUCAGCCGAGUGCCCCAACCUAACUGACAGCCUGUUGGAGAAGGUGGGCUCCAUCCAAGUGGAGUCCGGGCCGUGGCUGGCAUUUGAGCGCAGGGCGUUCCGUGGAGAGCAGUUUGUCUUGGAGAAGGGAGAUUACCCUCGCUGGGAUGCUUGGUCCAACAGUUACAACAGUGACAGCCUCCUGUCCCUCCGGCCUCUGCCUGUUGACGGUCCAGAUCACAAGCUGCAUCUCUUUGAGAAUCCAGCUUUCAGUGGCCGCAAGAUGGAGAUAGUGGACGAUGAUGUGCCCAGCCUGUGGGCUCAUGGCUUCCAGGACCGUGUGGCGAGUGUCCGUGCCAUCAAUGGAACGUGGGUCGGCUAUGAGUUCCCCGGCUACCGUGGGCGCCAGUACGUGUUCGAGCAGGGUGAGUACCGGCACUGGAACGAGUGGGACGCCAACCAGCCGCAGCUGCAGUCUGUGCGCCGCAUCCGUGACCAGAAGUGGCACAAGCGGGGCUGCUUCCUCAGCAGCUGAAGGGCACCCCGACCUCAGUGGCCUACGCCUGCCCUAGGGGGCAGCAAGGGCAAGAAGAGGAGGCUCCAGGGCUGGGGAAAGGGGCUGCCUAUCCACCCUUCCCCGGAAUCUGCUCAAUAAAGCCUGGGGCCGGUCUCCCACCUGCCAUGUU